AUGGAUGGAACGGCAUUGUACGAAGCUGUAGCUGCUAUUUUUAUAGCUCAACUUAAAGACAUACCACUUACAUUUGGGAAAACGGUUGCAGUUUGUGUAACAGCAACAGCGGCGAGUAUAGGAGCUGCGGGCAUUCCACAGGCUGGCCUCGUUACUAUGGUUAUGGUACUAGACACGGUGGGACUCCCUUCAGAGGAAGUUAUUAACAUCAUUGCAGUAGAUUGGCUUCUAGAUAGAUUUAGGACAACUAUCAACGUAAUGUGCGACUGUUUGGGUGCACAAUUGGUAGACUACUUAAGCGUGGGCGAACUCGGAGCUUUAACAGAAUCUGAUAAAGUAAACGCUCAACCUCAAGAACUGAUUGAAAUAUCAAAAGUAGAUAGCAACGUGAGUUAAGAAGUUUUAGGGAAAUUUUAGUGUUUUGUGUUACAUGUCG